ACUUACAACUCAUGGGGCCCCCGGGCAAUAGGGGAUCAUGGGGCCCCUGUGUCCUUGCCCAAACUCAAAAAAGCCUAUGAAAAAGGUACCAGGGGCAUCUCAUGGGGCCCCCUACUGACCCCGGGCCCUCAGGCAGUGCCCGAGUUUCCAAAUGGUCAGUCCGCCCCUGGUCCGAACCAUUAUGCUCAAUCCGCAGAUCUGAUCCAUUCUGCGGGGAUCGUCGGAGGGGGUAUCACCAAGUGUUACCGCACCAGAUGCAAUUCAUUUUAAAU